AUGACUGAAGCGACCAUCAACAGGCAGCCGUCCCGGGACAGCAAAAAUCCUGUCGAGGAGCCCGAAGUGACCAAGUUCCAAGAACUCGUCUCAGACGACGACCAGGAUGGCGUUCGCAUCGCCGAGGCCAUCGCCCUGUCUUGGAGCAAGUCCUCCCUCGUUGUGGUGUAUUGCUGGGCCAUGAUCGGCUCCCUCUCCGAGACUCUCACGCCCUUUGUGACGAGCGACUUCCAGAGCCACUCCCUGAUGCCCGUCAUCAACGUCAUGACCAGCAUCCUGUCUGCCGCCACGUACAUGCCCAUCGCCAAGAUCCUCAACAUCUGGGACCGUACCUGGGGCUUCUCCGCCAUGAUGGUCCUCUCGACGCUAGGCCUCGUCCUCAUGGCCGCCAGCAAGAGCUUUGCCGUCUACACGGCCGCCAAUGUCUUCUACAACAUCGGCUUCACGGGCAUGAUCUUCGCCGUCGACAUCAUGACGGCCGACUUCUCCUCCCUCAAGAUGCGUGCCUUUGCCUACGCGCUGACCUCCUCGUCGUACAUCAUUACCGCGUUCGGCGGACCAAAGGCCGCCGAGACCAUCUACGAGAGCAACUGGCGCUGGGGCUUCGGCGCCUGGACCAUUGUCCUGCCCGCCGUGUCGGCGCCGAUGAUCUACAUGCUGCAGCGCGGUAAGCGCCUCGCCAAAGAGAACGGCCUUCUGGAUCGGCAGCGGAGCAGCCGCUCCUGGGCGGAGAGCCUCAAGCAUCACUUUGUCGAAUUUGACGUCAUUGGCGUGUUCCUCCUCAGCGCCGGGUUCGUCCUCUUCCUGCUGCCCUUCACCAUCGCCGCCGACUCCAGGGACCAGUGGCGCUCCGCCUACAUCAUCGCCAUGCUCGUCCUCGGGCUCGUCCUCAUCGUCGCCUUUGCCCUGUGGGAGCGCCUCGGCGCCAGCGUGCCCGUCGUCCCCUGGAAGCUGCUCAAGUCGCCGUGCGUCAUGGGCGCCUGCCUCAUCGCCGCCACCUACCAGAUCUCCUACGCCUGCUGGAACAGUUACUUCACCUCGUACCUACAGGUCGUCUACGACAUCUCCCAGGCGCGCGCCGGGUACAUCAACAACAUCUUCAACGUCGUCAGCGGAAUCGAGCUGUUCCUGGUCGGCAUCCUGAUCCGCUGGUCCGGCCGCUACAAGUGGGUGUUCAUGUGGGGGAUCCCGCUGUACAUCCUGGGCGUCGGCCUGUUGAUCUACUUUCGCCAGCCGAAUCACAGCCUGGGGUACAUCAUCAUGUGCCAGAUCUUCAUGUCGCUGGGCGGCGGCGUCAUCAUCGGCGGCCAGCAGGUCUCGGUGGUGGCGACGGUGUUACAUGACGAGGUCGCCUCCGCCAUGGCUGUGCUCUCGCUGAUUGCAACUAUUGGCGGCGCGAUCGGCAACAGCAUCUCGGGUGGCAUCUGGACCAACACGCUGCCUGGAAAGUUGCAGGAGCUUCUCCCAGACUCCGUCAAGGACCAGUGGCGGGAAAUCUACGACGACCUGGAUAUGCAGCUGAGCUAUCCUGUCGGCAGCCCGGAACGGACAGCGAUCAUGGAUGCCUACGCCAGUAGUCAAAAGUUUAUGCUUAUUGCAGGCACGUGCAUCAUGGGUCUGUCUCUAAUCUGGAUGAUGAUGCUCAAGAAUGUCAACCUGAAGAAGAUUGACCAGGUCAAGGGUAUGGUCCUGUAA